CAGCCUUCCAACAUGAGCGCGGCCGCGAUUGCGCUCCUGCGCCGCUGCGCCCUGCUUUUGCUCCUGGGGUCCGCCUCGGGGGUCUCCGCCGCGCCCGAGGAGGAGGAGGCGGCGGCGGAGAGGGAGGGGGCCCCAGGCGGGCAGCCGCGGGAGCUGCCCAGCGUGGUGUUCGCCAUCCUGGCCCGCAACUCUCAGCACUCCCUGCCUUACUACCUGGGGGCCCUGGAGCGCCUGGACUAUCCCAAAGAGCGCAUCAGCAUCUGGUGUGUGACAGAUCACAAUGUGGACAACACCACAGAAAUGCUUCAGGAAUGGUUCACCGCGAUGGAGAGACACUACCGAAACAUUGAGUGGAGAGCAGAGGACGAACCCAGUUCUUAUGCUGAUGAACUUGGGCCCAAGCAUUGGAGUAACGAGCGUUUUGAGUAUGUCAUGAGGCUUAAACAGAGAGCUCUGAAUUAUGCCCGGGCUGAGAGGGCUGAUUAUAUUUUGUUCACUGACACAGACAGCAUCUUGACUAACAACCAGACCUUGAAGCUCCUCAUGGCGCAAAACAAAUCGGUUAUUGCGCCCAUGUUGGAUUCCCAAACAUACUACUCCAACUUCUGGUGUGGGAUUACUCCUCAGGGUUAUUAUCGCAGAACGGCGGACUAUUUUCCCACCAAGAAUCGGCAGCGUGUUGGAUGCUUCACGGUCCCCAUGGUAUACGCUGCCUUCUUGAUUGACCUGCGGAAGGGCGAGACUGCUAACCUGGCCUUUUACCCUCCCCAUCCCAGUUAUACAUGGCCAUUCGAUGACAUCAUUGUCUUUGCAUAUUCCUGUCAAGCUGCAGGAGUCCAGAUAUACUUGAGCAAUCAGGAGUACUUUGGCUUUAUCAAUGUUCCUGUGAAAUCACAUCAGACGCUGGAGGAUGAACGCAUCAACUUUGUACACCUUGUUCUGAAUGCCAUGGAACCAUUGCCUCUUGACAACACACCUGGCUGCGAUAUCUACUUCUGUUUGGAUUUUUCCUGUUCUGGGAAAUCCAGACUUGCCAUAAUCCAAAAAGUGGAUGGCCCUCCCAUGUCCCUCUCCAGGCAUGUUUACCUCCCCCCGAAGCACUUGACUAAAAUUGGGUUUGAUGAGAUUUUCCUCAUCAACUUGGCACGGCGUCCAGACCGAAAGCAGCGCAUGCUGAGCGCACUCUCCGAGAUGGAGAUUGAUGCCCUGGUGGUAAAUGCCAUAGAUGGAAGCGCCCUGAACAGCAGUGAUAUCAAAAAACUGGGUGUGGACCUGCUUCCAGGAUACUAUGACCCCUUCUCAGGCAGGACGCUCACAAAGGGGGAGGUUGGCUGCUUUCUCAGCCACCAUCAUGUAUGGAAAGAGAUAGUGGAGAGGGGACUGGAGAAGUCUGUUGUGUUGGAAGACGAUGUUCGCUUUCAAGCUUAUUUCAAACAGCGGCUCUUGAGGCUGAUGGAUGACCUGGAGCAGACGCAGCUGGAUUGGGACCUGAUCUACCUGGGCAGGAAACAGGUGAACUCUGAGGAUGAAGAGCCAGUGGAGGAUGUGCGGAAUCUCGUCGUGGCCGAGUAUUCCUACUGGACUUUGGCCUACGUCAUCUCCAAGCAGGGUGCCCAGAAACUGAUCGACGCUCGGCCGCUUUCCAAAAUCUUGCCAGUGGAUGAAUUUCUGCCCAUCAUGUCUGACAAGCAUCCCAAUGAGGAUUACAAAAAGUAUUUCCCCACCCGGGACUUGCAGGUUUAUUCCGUGCGCCCCCUCUUGGCUUACCCCACUCACUACACUGGAGAAGACAAGUGGAUGAGCGACACAGAGACCUCCACCAUCUGGGACGAUGACUCGCGCAAGACCGACUGGAGUGGCUCGCAGAAGACGCUGAAAGAUUCCCGUGUCACCAGCGGCACAAGUGGCCACUCCUUUCAUGGAUCCUCCAGGGAUGAGCUAUAACAUCUGCCCAGGUCCCCUCUCUGUUCCACAGAUGUGGAAGAGAAAAAAGUUCUAGGUGUGAUAUUUUCCCCUCUUUCUCCCCUUGAGGAAUACUGCAUGCUUGAACAAGAAAGGUACUGUUUUGAGAAUUUGCAUCAAAGACCUGCUUGCACAUUCCCGACACCGUUGGAAUCGCGUUCACUGGCCCAACAAAGCAGAACUUCUCUGUCAUUGUCUCCUAGACCUUCAGCUUCCUUCACAAAUAGGCUGGACGGUUCAGAUUGCCCUUCGAGAUCUCUGGGUGACAUUUUUCCUAUGUGGGACUUGGGACUCCUGUUUUGGUGCAGCCUGCCUGGAUGUGGACUGUUUUGUACAAGUGUUUACUCUGAAAACAAUCUGUUUGGAUAUCUUAAAACCCUGGUUUUGGAUGGAUUAUUUGAACAGCCUCUCUGCAACAGAAGGGGGAUUUCUGCUCUGUUUAUGUUGUCUUGUCUUGGACAGUGCUUUCUUAAUACGCCAGCUGGGAGUACUCAAACCGCCUCCGUGUCCCACUUGUGGUUUCAGACGAGUUCCUCCAAAGGACAAUUCAGGGUGGAGGAAAAAAAUAAGACUUUCCCUAAACCAUUUUCACCUCACAUUCUGUGUGGUCCUAGCCUAGAGUCAGUAUGCUAGACCUUGGUUGUAUUUUAUUUAAUUUAACUGAACUGAGAAAACUAAAUUGCAGAUCAAACCAGCACUCUUAUUUAAAUUCACAGAAGGAUGUGUUUACUGCAGUUAUGUUCUCCUCUCUAAUGUUAUGGUUGACAGCUAGAGGAAUGUGUGUGCCUUUAACUGCUGCCAUGUGACAUUUCACUGCAUUCUUCAUGUAGGAAAAAGGAUACGGAGAUGAGUUUCUGCUAGGGACAGAGCAACUCAAGGCAAAGGAGCCAUCGGUGGGGGGGUAACAACUGUGUAUUUUGCGUGCAAAGAUUUCUGUAGAAUUCUUGACCCUGGGAACAUUGUGGGUGCUGAAGGUCA